AUGUCCGAAGCUGCAGACCGCCUUCGGUGUGGAGGGCUGUGGAGCUCUGGAGGCAGAGUGGCGCUGGCCAUCGCGGCGGCAUUAUCUUUUUCACUUAUUGGUCACGCUGAAGGAAAAGGCUUCUCCACUAAACGCACAGGGAAGUACAAGAAGUGGAAACCGAGCUCCCAUUCGACACCAUACAAGAAGGGCGCUCGAGCACCUCCCAGUGGCGGCAGACCACAGAAGACAGAGGAAGAGGCCUCUACUGGUGGUGAACAGGAAGGUGGAAGCAAAAAGCGAAGUUCGCGCAACAAGCGACGUCGUCAAAUGACAGACAAAACCUUCCCCCUCAGGGCUGGCCUCGUGCUGCUGGCAGACUUAGUGGGCUUGUGCGGCGGUGGCUGCGCAUGGUAUGGCCAUUUCAGGCGUCCAGGUGAUUGUGUAGUCUGCUCACGCAAAGCACAACAAAGCGUGGCAAGGGAGGGCUUCUUGGAUGCAGCGCUCCGCUUUCCUGCUCCACAUGGUUUCGACAGCUUUUUCGCAGUGAAGCAGUUAUUGUUAUUGAUUUUGAAGGUUCUGAUCUACACGUUGGGGCUGAGAGACAUUAAUAACACCCCGUUGAUAUAUUCACAUUUUUCGUUGAUUGUCUUUCACAUUAUUUUGAUACCUUUGCUGUACCUUGCGGCGCAGUCAGAGGUUGACAUGCAGGUGAGAACCAAGACGCCAAUGAAUUCUGCGAAAAGUCAGAAGCAGACUUUGGUCGAAGCCGGCAUUGAGGUGUGCGAUGUCGACAUUAUGGUGCGGAUGUGGUUUAUUCUCUGCAGCAGGGAGCAGAGACACGCGUUCUUCUUCUCGUGCUCGAGGACAGCGCAUCUUGCAGCUCUGGGCACGCUGCAUUAUCUACCCGUGGCGCUGCAGGACGCGCUGGCAGGACUUUCGCCUUGGGCCCAACGAGCACUGAGAGAGGGGAAGGGGCGGCGCGUGUAG